UGUAGUCCGACCCGACUUUUCCUCCUUCAUGUGGCCAAAGAAAUAUCUAAUUAAUACUCUAACUUGUGCAGGCGGACCUACCUAAGAGGCACUAAGCCUACUUGGGAAGACGAGCAUCAUGAAGAUACACAUAUGGCUACAGAAUACUUCGUAUUGCGACAAGUUAUACUAAUAAACUACAAAUCCCGGAAGCCUCCUCAUCCAUGCGCCGCUGUCGAUCAGCUGUUGAAGCAACUGCUGACUACCUCCGCACGAAGGCUCAGCAAACCAUGCAGGAUGAUUUACUGAUGGACAAAAACAAAGCCCAACCUCAUCAGCAGCAAGAUCCAGCAGUAGACCCUCCCUCCACCCCGACCCCCUUGGAUUCCCCUACAUUAGAUGAGAGCCCGUCGAGUGUGAGUAACCAAGCAGCUUCAGCGCUCAACAAAGAGAAAGUGCAGAUGGAGUCUCCGAUUCUGCCGGGUUUGAGUUUUCAUCAGCCGCAGGAAACCGGUGGCACCCUGUCCCCCUCAUUUGGUAGCACUUGGUCUACUGGAACUACGAACACCGUGGAUGACAAUUUUCAUCAAGGAAUACCCUCAGUGAACGGAACAAUGCUUUUCCAGAACUUCCCCCAUCACGUCAAUCCGGUAUUUGGAGGCAAUUUCUCACCUCAGCUUGGCUUGGCACAGUCUCAGCAUCCACAGCAGCAAGCCCAGCACCAGCCGGCACAGCAACGGAGAUCCCCUGUUAGCCCCAAUCAAGGUCAUUUUCCACAGAGAAACGCUUACAGUCACCAGUCUGUCAUGAAUAGCAAGGCUUCUUCACCUGCCUCAUCUUCGGGUUGGAAUAAUCACCAAAAUACCACUUGGAGCGCAACCUCCAAUCCCUGGAGCGGUCUCCAGGCAGGCAGGGACCCGCGAAGAGCUGUGGGAGUCGGGAUUGGUGUAGGGGUGCCGUCAUCCAUGAACCCCAUCUCCCCGAUGAAAAAGCCCUAUUCUAGCAACGUUAUAGCACCCCCAAAAUUCCCGAGAGCUGGUCCCCUCCCCACGAAAUCUUGGAUGGAGGACAACGCCUUUAGGAUGGACAACGGCAACAAUAUGCUGCCUUUUCAGGACCGGAAUCGGCCCUUUGAUGCAUUUAGCUUGCACUCUUUGGAGAAUUCCUUAAUGGAUAUGAUAAGGACUGACCAUGACAAAGGACGCAUGGGUCUGAACUUUCACCACCCCGGAGCAGAUCACAUUAUGCCGUUGAACACCAGGAGCUAUGGCCGCAGAAGAGGUCGCUCUUCACUCUUUCCCUUUGAGGACGGUUUCCUGGACGACGGGCACAGUGACCCCUCUCUGACUGCGGGGUUGAACUCGCCCACCCGCUGUCAGAACGAAGAGCGGAUGGAGCGCUACUCCAGGAAGGUGUUUGUUGGAGGCCUGCCCCCUGACAUAGAUGAAGAUGAGAUCACCAACAGCUUCCGUCGCUAUGGACACCUGGUGGUGGAUUGGCCCCACAAAGCCGAGAGCAAGUCCUACUUUCCACCUAAAGGCUAUGCCUUCCUACUGUUCCAAGAGGAGACCUCUGUCCAGGCCCUGAUUGACGCCUGCAUCGAGGAGGACGGCAAGCUUUACCUGUGUGUCUCCAGCCCAACUAUCAAGGACAAGCCAGUCCAGAUCCGCCCCUGGAACCUAAGUGACAGUGACUUUGUGAUGGACGGCUCCCAGCCGCUGGACCCCCGAAAGACCAUCUUUGUGGGGGGCGUGCCCCGGCCUUUACGUGCAGUGGAACUAGCUAUGAUCAUGGACAGGCUGUAUGGUGGCGUGUGCUAUGCCGGCAUCGACACUGACCCGGAGCUCAAGUACCCCAAGGGGGCGGCCCGCGUGGCCUUCUCCAAUCAGCAGAGCUACAUCGCCGCCAUCAGCGCCCGAUUCGUUCAGCUGCAGCACAAUGACAUUGACAAACGGGUUGAGGUGAAGCCCUACGUCCUGGAUGACCAGAUGUGUGACGAGUGCCAGGGGGCACGUUGCGGGGGGAAGUUUGCCCCCUUCUUCUGUGCCAACGUCACCUGCCUGCAGUACUACUGUGAGUACUGCUGGGCCAGUAUCCACUCCCGGGUGGGCCGAGAGUUCCACAAGCCACUGGUGAAGGAGGGGGGCGACCGCCCUCGACAAGUGUCCUUCCGCUGGAGUUGAGGGGGUUGAGAUAAGCCCUGCCCCCACGACCCCACCCCCCCCAGCCCCUAAACUCUCUCGACCUGGGACAGCGCUACACCCCCCUCACCACCUUUGCUCUGCCCCCCUCCCCACCACCUCAACAUCAGUGAAGAUGAGAACUACAAAUACAUGGUUCUUUCUACAAUGCUCGACUACAAACUCAUUGUCCAGUGUACCCUUAAUAAUAAUAUUAGGGUGAAAAAAAUUAAUUGUGAAAGUCUAUCUGCUUAGAAUUUGCACUUUGGCACAAAUACUCACUAAACACACAUGGGAUGGUAUGUUAGAAAAACCUGAUUAUGUUCGAGUCCCCUGUUUCAUGACCGGGUGGGUCAGUGUCUCCUGUAGAACCCCACUUAGCUGUGGCAGAAGUGAGACUAUACAAUACAUAUAUAUUUAAAAAGUAUAUAUAUUUUUGUUUUAUAUAUCUAUCUAUACAUAUAUAGAUAAUUAGAUUCUAUGUGAAAGGAACAUGCACUUAUUUAAAAAAAAAAAUAAUUGCCCCUUGUAAGAUAUAUUACCAAACGCAAAAAUUGAAUUAAUGCAUACAGAAAAACGACAUAGGUGGCAUAAAAUGUAGCAAGACUUAACAAUUAUCCAGUAGUGUGGGCCACAGAAGCCCAGAUAAAAAAAAACAGCUAUAUUUGCUCUCUAUAUUGACUUUGAAAAUAGUAAAAUGAAUACCUCAAGGCGAAAUCAGAUUUAGUUUUGCUUUUGAUUAGUAGGGCUUUAUUUUUUUAAUAACAUUAUUUUCUAGCGUUAUGUUAAUGUAAUGCUGCAAUAGCUUUUGCUGCUAUAUCCAUGGUAUUAACAGAUACCAUAGUACUUUAUUCAGGCUAGGGUGUUAUAACAACUAUGAUGGCACCUGGUGUUAAGGAUGAUGACCGGCUAUCAUUGUAGGUAGCCUUGCGGUUAAGAGCAUUGGGACAGUAACCGAAAAGUCACUGUGUUGAAUCCCAGAGCCGACUGUGAUAAAUCUGUCG